CGUGGGGGUGCGCGGGCGCGGGCGGCGCGGGACGCGUGCGGUCCGAGCGCAGGUCCGGGGGCAAGCGUGCCCCUGUCCGCAGCCGCCCGCGAUGAGCGAGGCGAGCCGGGUGUGCUCGGGCUACUACAGCCUCAACCACAGCUUCGUGGAGCCCUUCGAGUGCCCCCGGAGCGGCGAGGGGGCCGCCCUGCUCUACUGCUGCGGCUUCGCCGACCUCAAGUACUGCUGCAGCGAGCCGGGCAGCUACUUCCCCUACAAGCACAGCUAUAUGUGGAGCCUCAGCAUCGGUGCCCUGGUUGGACUGGGAACUGCUGCCCUUGUUCUGCUUGCCUUUGUCGUCAGCGUCUGUGUCCUCUGCUGCUUAUUUCUGUCUACAAAGCCUCGAAAGUUAGACACUGGCCUUAAACUUCAGCACCUCGAGGCUUCUUCCACUCACGAAGGUAAUCCACGUCCAUUAUUUGCAGCCAACUUCCUGCACUCUGUUCAAGAGAAUCACCUGUCCCUGGGUGACACACCAUCCGGUGAGCCAUGA